CGAAGCCAAUUCGAUGGAGUCCGAGACGCCGCCGCCGAUCCGCCUCCAUGAAGCCGACGAGGUGACGGAGGGCACGAAGCUGCCCAACACCCUCCGCAUCACGGUGCUCCGCGCGCGCAACAUGGCCAAGGCGACGCUCCGCGCCACGACGAGUCUCUACUGCAAGCUCACGUCCGCGGGCAUGACGUACAAGACCGCCAUCAAGGCGCGGACCAUCGACCCUGUCUGGAACGAAACGUUCUCGUUUCGCGCCAGCGACUACAUGACGACCGUGACGAUCGUCGUCGCCGACAAGAUCAAUGUCAAGAAGCGCGUCGUUGGUCAGAUUCGCAUCGUCGCCUCCGAUAUCAUGGCCGAGCCCACGAUGCGCUGCACGCGCUGGUAUGCGCUCGUCGACAAGGCGUGGGCGCCCAACGAGAAGCUCGGCGAGCUCGAGAUCAAGGCCUCGUUGGUCUACGAGCGUGAGCACGACGGCGUGCUCCAGCGCCGCGUCGACAUCCAGCGCGCAGUACCCGCCGUGGCAAUCGCUGUGGGCGAGACGUGGGACACGUCCGACGCCGACGGGUUUGCCGUCCAGCAAGACGAGACCGAAGACGACGCGCUCCUCCGCAAGCAAGAACUCGACCUCCAAGAAAAGCAGCGGCUCGAAGCGCUGCUUGUCAACAUUCCGCGAGGCGAUUUCCAGAUCCAAGCCCACAUCAUUGAAGCACGGGACCUCAAGGGCGAGAAUUUUGAUGGCACGUCCGACCCCGUGUGCUAUGUCGACGUCAUGGGGAAGAAGCAAAAGACGUCGGUCAAAAGCCAGACGUUCUCGUGUGUCUUUGACGAGCUCCUCUUCUUCCGCUUCCGCAACAUUGGCCGGAAGGAGCUCGAGCAAGCCACGAUCACGGUGUCGGUCUACGACAGCAACGUCCUCCGGCCCAACGUCGAAAUCGGAACGUACCAGUUUGACGUCAUGAGCAUCUAUUGCCGCCCCCAACGCGAGGUGCACCGGCAAUGGCUCGCACUGGUCGACCACAAGAGCAAGAAGGACAAGGGCAUCCAAGGCUAUCUGCUUGUGAGCAUCGCGAUCGUCGGGCCGGGCGAAGCAUUUCCGGUGCACGAAGCCAUCCAGGACAACUCGACCAAGGACAUCCACGACCUCGUCUUGCUCCCGCCGGCGAUCACGCAAUCGCUUCACUUUCUUGUCGUGACUGUGUUUGCGGCCGAAGAGCUCCCGGCGCUCGAUACACCGACGCUCCUCUCGGCAGCCGGCAUCGACGCCUUUGUCCGCGUCGACUUUGCGGGCAAUUUCAAGUGCAAGACGAGCGUCAUCUCGGUCAAAGGAACGCAGAACUUGUCGGCAACGUUCCUCGAAGCGCUUUGGAUUCCCGUGCUCAUGCCCACGAUGAGCCGCCGCAUCAGCAUCAGUGUCCGCGACCGCGAGCUCGGGCGAUCCAGCAAGGUCGUGGGGCAGAGCAUCGUGGACUUUCUACAGCUGCCAGUGAUCGACGCCGACCUCGCCGACGCGGCCAACGUCAAUCUAGUGGAGCAAACGUCGCUGCGGUACAUCAAUUUGUACGGGCCGCCGUUGCAGGCCAACCAGCACUCGGAUGCGUGCAAGCACAUGAAGCAGUUUCCCGAACACGCCUCGACGUACCGCGGCCGAGUGCUCGUGAGCCUCGCCCACGUGCAGCGGCCGGCGCCCGACGAGGACGAAAAGACGCACGUCAAGGAGGUGGCGAUCGACGACUGGGACGCAUUGCGGCCGCCCAUGACUCGCUACGUGCUCCGCGUCGCACUCUAUUUCGGCCAAGACGUACCGCAGGUGCGACUGCGCACCGGUCUCUACGCCAAGCUGUUUGUGGUCGUCAGUGUCGGCCACUACGCUGUGCGUUUUGACGCGAUGCCAGUCAAGCACGGGCGUGUCGUCUGGGGCGCGGCGCUGGAAGCCAAGAACAUUGAGCUCCCGGCCAACUUGACGCAGCUACCAGACGUCGUUGUGACGCUGUGCCGCGAGUCCAACGACGCAGACGACCUCCACGGCAUCGCGUAUGCGCGCAUCCGCAGCGGCGACCUCGUCCAAGCCGGCUUCCAAGUCCCGAUGCGCUGGCUGCACUUGCUCGAGGAAGUCGCGCGGCCUCCCGGGUUACUUCCAGGGCAGUCGCCCGGCUCGCUCCUCCUGCGCGUCGCCUUUGGCCGCGAGGAGAUUGCCGCGCGCGAAGCAUGGGUCACGCCGUUCAACGCGAUCUCCGAGACGCUGCCGUGCAUCGUCCGCGUGCACAUCUACCAGUGUCGCGGCCUCUUUGCCAAGUCGACGACCAAGCACGGGCUGCCCGACCCGCAGAUCUUGGUGCAUCUCAUGCACGAGACGAAAAAGACGAAAGCAAAGCGGCGGACACUCGACCCACUCUACUACGAAUCCCUCCAGUUCAACGUGGAUGUGCCGAGCAACUUGGAGUUUGCGCCCGAGCUCUGGCUCCAAGUGGUGUCGAAAACCGGCUACAGCAGCAGCACGACCAAGUACUUGGGCGACUUGCGCAUACCGCUGUCGAAAGCGACCAAGACGACGUCCGUGCCGUACCCGGCGUGGCACACACUACGCUCCGACACCAACGUCCUCGAGGACCUCGGGGUGACGGGGGAGAUCUUGUUGUCAUUACAGCUACUCGUCAACCCGACGGCCGACGAGCGAUCGAUUCCGCUGCCGUCGAUCGUGCCCGAGUGCCGAGAUGCGUUCGUCGACAUUAUCGCCAUGGGUGUCCGCAACCUCAAGUCCAACCGGCUCUUCCACAUCCAGAAUCCGUUUGUGGAGUUUGAACUCACGGGCGCGGCGUCCGCGAGUCGUGAGAACGCCGAGCGCCGCACCAAGGCGAGCCACGAGCCCGAGAGCAAGAACGCGAAUUUCCUUGAGCGUCUCGUGAUCCCGACGCGCCUUCCGAUCGACACCCUCUUCAGUCCGCAGCUCGUGCUCAAGGUGUACGACAGCACCAUGGGCGGACUGCACCAGCCGCUCAUUGCGUCGUGCGUGAUCGACUUGACAAAAAAGCUGCCGUGGAGUCCGAGCUACGAGCCGCCGCUGCAGCAAGAGUUUGAUUACCACCUCCAGCUCGAGAAGCAGCGCAACCGCCAGGCGCAACAGCAGCUCAGCAACGCCGCCGAGCAAGCCGACGAGAACGAUGAUGACGCCAAAGACGAUGCCUCCGACGACAACGACGUGGUCGUGGACGACGACAGUGCGUCCGGCAGCGACAGUGAAGACGACGACCCAGCCAAGGUAACGUCCCCAACACGAUUGAAGAGCCGAGCAAAGGUGUGCGAACUGCAGGAGAGCGAGACGCAGCCCGCGGUCCGUGACGACGGCACGGGCAUUGGCACGCUCCAGUUGCCACCCGUGUCGUACGAGCCAUCGCUCGCGUCCCGGGACGACCCCGCCGUGCAAAAGCAGCUUCAGGCCGAGGCCGACCGGCGCCUCUUUGCGUCGGUGGAGGACGCCAAGAAGAAGGGCCGCGUGUACAUUGUCCCUGGCAGCAACAGCGACGUGUUAUCGGCGGAUAUGGCCGCCAAGAAGGGCUAUGACACGCCGCCAUACUUUGCCGGUCGGGACUGGUGGAUCCAAUCGGGCGGGAAGGAGCUCGAAGAGUACCUCAAGACCAAGCCGUUCGAGACGUACCCGCUCUUCCGCGCCCACACGGUCCUUGGCUCCCUCUUUCGCCGUCGAAAGGAGCGCAUCCAGAUUCAAACGGGCGUCUUCAAGGGCCUCGUAGUCGUGACGCUCGAGUCCAACAAGCAGAGCCUCCUGGUGGACUACACGUCGCUGACCGAGCCCAAGCCGUACGAGGUGCGGAUCUACGUCCUCCGUGCGACGAAUCUGCAGCCGAAAGACCGGAACGGCCUCAGCGAUCCGUACUUGCGCCUUCAGCUGGGUCAAAACAAAGUCAACGACCGCGACCAGCACCAAACGAAGACGUUAAACCCCGACUUUUACCGUCUCUUUACCGUUGAAGCGACGAUUCCAGGCACGUCGCAGCUCUCGAUUUCGGUCUGGGACCACGAUCGAUUUGGCACUGACGAUUUUAUUGGCGAGACGAUCAUCGACCUCGAAGACCGGUGGUUCCACAAGCAGUGGCAAGACAUUGGCCUGGGCCACCCCAAGGCAACCACCCACCUCCUCAAAGCCGCGGGAACGCUCAAGCCGAUCGAGUACCGGCCGCUCUGGACGGGCAAGGACGCGACGUCGCAGGGCACGCUGCAGCUGUGGGUCGACAUCCUCACGCCGUCGCAAGCGGCCAUCUACGAACCGAUCGACAUUGCGCCGCCGCCGCCAAAGAAAUUUGAAGUCCGCGUCGUGAUUUGGAAAUCGGAGGGCGUCGUCGACAAGGACCUGAGCGAGACCAAUGACUUGUUUGUCAAGGCGUGGAUGGAAGGCCAGAAGGCGCAGUCGACCGACAUCCACUGGCGCUGCUCGACGGGCAAGGCGAGCUGGAACUACCGCAUGAAGUUUGAAGUCCAGAUGCCCAUGAAGCCCGAGUUUGCGCGCUUGCAUCUGCAGCUCUGGGAGAAGGACCUUUUGAAAUGGCAAGACAUUAUCGGCGGCACAGAGCUCGACUUGUACCGCUGGCUCCAGCUCGCCUACCAUGAGAACCGAACAGUGAUGCCAUUCAAAGAAAUGAAGCACGCGGCGCAGGUCCUCAAUGACGACAGCGACGUUGAGAGCGGGAGCGACGACGACAACCAGACUACGGACGUCGACUUGGAGAAGAACGAAGUGACCAAGCCGCUCCUCAACGACAAAAAAUCAGCGUCGCGUCUCGGGAAGCUCCAAACACUGCUGCGGAAAAACGGCAGCUCGAAAGCCCGUGGCGGAAAGGGUGGUGUCCCCAACGCGCAGCAAAAGGCCGACAAGCGCGCGGCCAAGGAAGAAAACGAGGCCAAAGAAGCCAUUGGCUCCUUCCUUGACUUCAUUGGGCUCGGGCGCCUCCACGACGACUCCGAGUGGCUCACGAUGCGCUUCAACAACCGCGCCGAAGGCAAGUCGGAGGAGAUGGGCAAGCUUGCGAUUGGCAUCCAGAUUGUCACGGAAGCCGAGUUCACAGCGACGCCCGUCGGAAGCGGGCGCAAGGAGCCCAACAUCAACCCAUACCUGCCGCCGACUGUCGGGCGCAUCAAGCUCAGCGCCAACCCCUUCAACGUCCUGCGCGAACUCGUCGGGCCCAAGACGUGUGCACGCAUUGCCUGCGUUAUGUGCUGCGUGGGCUGCCUCAGCUUCAUGGCGCUCUUCGGUGCGAGCAUCAUGAGCGCGCUGACUUUCUACGAGCAAAUGAAGGCGCGCGCCGAAGCGGCCGAGGGCCGGCAGCCAUAA